UUUUAGCAGAUGUCCAAAAGCUUUCAACAUGAACGUUUUGCUCACAGUGGUACUGAUUCUUCAAGGAAUUUUGAAAAUCAGUGCUGUGAGUUUUUCAUUCUUAUCAAACCCGGUCGUGUUAGCUGAGGAAGAACCCAUUGGCACGGUGGUUGCUACAACAAGUAAUGACUUCAGUGCUACUGAAUUUGAAAUUGUUGGAGGCAAUUCAUAUUUCGGUAUUGAAAAUGAAACUGGAAUUAUUAAAACCAUCGUAGAUAUCGACUUUGAGAGUUCUAUACCUAAAACAUUUCUUCUUGUGAUUAGAGCUACAAAUGCUACAGAAACUGGCACACAAACUUUGACAAUAUCCAUCACUGAUGUUGAUGAGUCCCCUUUGUGUACGAAUAGUGCAGCAGAUCUUGUCGUGUCUAUUUCUGAGACCAAUAACACUGGAGAAACUGUUCAUAUUUUUUCUGCUUCAGAUCCUGAAAGCAAAGUAUUAAAUUACUCUAUUCUUUCAAUAUCUACAUCUGGAACUCUCACGCUGUUUGAGAUUAACAACCUGGGUGUCAUUUCUACAGUAAGUGCGUUGGAUUAUGAAUCUACUCGUCAGCUGAAGCGGUAUGAUGCUGUAGUUUCUGUGUCCGAUCCAGCGGGCAACACUUGCACUGACACGGUAACAAUCCACAUUACAGAUGUCAAUGAUGAAUCCCCAGUUGUAAGUAAUUGCCCUUCAAGUCCAGCCUCAGUAGAUGAAGAAGCACCUGCCCUGACUCAGGUGGUACAUUUAACUGCCACGGAUAAUGACGACAACGAUGUUUUGACCUUCUCCUUCGGAACUCCUGUGCCUCAAUUCCAAAUUAAUGGAACUGGAAAUGAUGCAUGGAUCAUCACUAGUUCCUUGCUGGACUACGACGAUGCCUCCACCAUCAACAGCUACCAACUAAAUGUAAUCGUCACAGACACGGCAAAUAACUAUGCCAUUUGCGACUUCAUAGUGUCUUUAAAUCCUGUUAAUGAAGCUCCUGAAUGUGAGGUUCAGUUUGCAGCAGGAACAGGACCAGCUGUCACCAUUCCAGAGACCAGUGCCACGGAUGUGUCGGUUUAUAAGUUAAAUGCUUCUGAUCCUGAUGGAAAUGAUUUAUUUUACACCAUUUUGUCAAGUUCCUCCACCAACACAACUGCCCGAUUUAGAGUGGACAAUUUUGGUCAAAUUUACACAACAUCUGCUUUGAAUUUUGAAAAUGGUGACACGAUUUUCUAUGCUGUGGUUUCGGUUACUGAAAAUAUGACUGCAAGUCUCAGUUGCACGAGCACAGUGACAAUCACAGUUACUGAUGUAAAUGAUGAAACUCCAACCAUCAGCUUCUGUCCAUCAAGCACUUUUAAUCUGAAUGAAGAAACGGCUGCUCAUACCACACUGAUUUUACUAUCUGCCUCUGAUAAUGAUAACAAUGACCAAUCAACUUUUAGCUUUUUAGGAAACGAAUCUGCCUUUGAAAUCCAACAAGCUGGAAACACUGCAACAAUUUCGAAUACCUUACAGCUGGAUUAUGAAGAUGAUUCUGUUGUCAAAUUCUAUACAUUAAGUAUAGUUGUCACAGACCUGGGAGGGAAUAUAGCAAUGUGUAACUUGAACAUAUCACUGAAUCCCAUUAAUGAAGCUCCUGAAUGUGCUGCUAACUUAAUAUCAGGACAAACUGUGACCAUCGCCGAGAAUAAUGAUACCGGAGUGUCUGUUUAUAGUUUCUCUGCGUCAGAUCCUGACGGUGAUGUACUAAAUUACACCAUUCUCUCAACGUCCACAUCUGGAACUCUCACGCUGUUUGCCAUUAAUACAGUGGGUGUCAUUUACACAGUAAGCACUUUGGAUUAUGAAGCUACUGGCCAGCUGAAGCUAUACGAUGCAGUGGUUUCCGUGUCUGAUCCUGCAGGUGAGACCUGUACUGGCACUGUCGUCAUUCACAUCACUGACGUCAAUGAUGAAGCUCCAAUUAUAAGUGGUUGUCCUUCGAGUCCAUUGUUGGUUGAUGAAGACGUACCUGUCACGACUCAAGUGUUACAGUUAUCAGCGACUGACAAUGAUGACAAUGACAAUUUUACUUUCUCCUUCACAACUGCUGUAUCUGACUUUCGAAUAAUUCAAGCUGGAAAUGUUGCAUGGAUUGUAACUAACUCCUUGCUGGACUAUGAUGAUGCCUCUGCUAUCAAAAGCUACCAACUAAGUGUAAUCGUCUCUGACCUGGCUUCAAAUAUUGCAAUAUGCAACCUGACAGUGAAUUUAAAUCCUAUUAAUGAAGCUCCUAAUUGUGAAGCCCAAUUUGUAGCAGGGACAGGACCAGCUGUGACAAUUCCAGAAACCAGUGCUCUUGGGAUCUCUGUCUACAAGUUAACUGCAUCUGAUCCUGAUGAAGAUACUUUACAUUAUACCAUUUUGUCGGCCUCCUCCACCAACACCACAGCGCGAUUUAAUGUGGAUAAUUUGGGUCAAAUUACCACAUCAACUGCUUUGAAUUUUGAAAAUGGUGACACACUCUUCUAUGCUGUGGUAUCUAUUAAUGACAAUGCAACUUCAGGCCUCGGGUGCACGGGCACCGUGACAAUCACAGUUACUGAUGUAAAUGAUGAAAGUCCAACCAUCAGCUCCUGUCCUUUGAACACUUUGAUCCUGAAUGAAGAAACAGCUGCUGGUUCCACACUGAUCACUUUAUCUGCCGCUGACGAAGAUGUAAAUGAUGUCUUGGCUUUCAGCUUUGCAAUAAAUGAAACUGACUUUGAAAUCCACACAGCUGGCCACACUGCACAAAUCACCAACACAUUCAAGAUGGACUAUGAAAAUACCUCUGCUAUCAGAUUCUAUACAUUAAAUGUAGUUGUUACCGAUUCAGGAGGUAAUUACGCAAUAUGUAACUUGAACGUGACAUUGAACCCCAUCAAUGAAGCUCCUUUAUGUGACGCUAAUUUUGAAGCUGGAUCAGGACCAGCUGUGACAAUUCCAGAAACCAGUGCUCUUGGGAUCUCUGUCUACAAGUUAACUGCAUCUGAUCCUGAUGAAGAUACUUUACAUUAUACCAUUUUGUCGACUUCCUCCACCAACACCACUGCACGAUUUAAUGUGGAUAAUUUGGGUCAAAUUACCACAUCAACUGCUUUGAAUUUUGAAAAUGGUGACACACUCUUCUAUGCUGUGGUAUCUAUUAAUGACAAUGCAACUUCAGGCCUCGGGUGCACGGGCACCGUGACAAUCACAGUUACUGAUGUAAAUGAUGAAAGUCCAACCAUCAGCUCCUGUCCUUUGAACACUUUGAUCCUGAAUGAAGAAACAGCUGCUGGUUCCACACUGAUCACUUUAUCUGCCGUUGACGAUGAUGUAAAUGAUGUCUUGGCUUUUAGCUUUGCAAUAAAUGAAACUGACUUUGAAAUCCACACAGCUGGCCACACUGCACAAAUCACCAACACAUUCAAGAUGGACUAUGAAAAUACCUCUGCUAUCAGAUUCUAUACAUUAAAUGUAGUUGUUACCGAUUCAGGAGGUAAUUACGCAAUAUGUAACUUGAACGUGACAUUGAACCCCAUCAAUGAAGCUCCUUUAUGUGACGCUAAUUUUGAAGCUGGAUCAGGACAAACUGUGACCAUCGCCGAGAAUAAUGAUACCGGAGUGUCUGUUUAUAGUUUCUCUGCGUCAGAUCCUGACGGUGAUGUACUAAAUUACACCAUUCUCUCAACGUCCACAUCUGGAACUCUCACGCUGUUUGCCAUUAAUACAGUGGGUGUCAUUUACACAGUAAGCACUUUGGAUUAUGAAGCUACUGGCCAGCUGAAGCUAUACGAUGCAGUGGUUUCCGUGUCUGAUCCUGCAGGUGAGACCUGUACUGGCACUGUCGUCAUUCACAUCACUGACGUCAAUGAUGAAGCUCCAAUUAUAAGUGGUUGUCCUUCGAGUCCAUUGUUGGUUGAUGAAGACGUACCUGUCACGACUCAAGUGUUACAGUUAUCAGCGACUGACAAUGAUGACAAUGACAAUUUUACUUUCUCCUUCACAACUGCUGUAUCUGACUUUCAAAUAAUUCAAGCUGGAAAUGUUGUAUGGAUUGUGACUAACUCCUUGCUGGACUAUGAUGAUGCCUCUGCUGUCAAAAGCUACCAACUAAGUGUAAUCGUCACUGACCUGGCAUCCAACAUUGCAAUAUGCAAUUUGACUGUCAAUUUAAAUCCUAUUAAUGAAGCUCCUAAUUGUGAAGCCCAAUUUGUAGCGGGGACAGGACCAGCUGUGACAAUUCCAGAAACCAGUGCUCUUGGGAUCUCUGUCUACAAGUUAACUGCAUCUGAUCCUGAUGAAGAUACUUUACAUUAUACCAUUUUGUCGACUUCCUCCACCAACACCACUGCACGAUUUAAUGUGGAUAAUUUGGGUCAAAUUACCACAUCAACUGCUUUGAAUUUUGAAAAUGGUGACACACUCUUCUAUGCUGUGGUAUCUAUUAAUGACAAUGCAACUUCAGGCCUCGGGUGCACGGGCACCGUGACAAUCACAGUUACUGAUGUAAAUGAUGAAAGUCCAACCAUCAGCUCCUGUCCUUUGAACACUUUGAUCCUGAAUGAAGAAACAGCUGCUGGUUCCACACUGAUCACUUUAUCUGCCGUUGACGAUGAUGUAAAUGAUGUCUUGGCUUUCAGCUUUGCAAUAAAUGAAACUGACUUUGAAAUCCACACAGCUGGCCACACUGCACAAAUCACCAACACAUUCAAGAUGGACUAUGAAAAUACCUCUGCUAUCAGAUUCUAUACAUUAAAUGUAGUUGUUACCGAUUCAGGAGGUAAUUACGCAAUAUGUAACUUGAACGUGACAUUGAACCCCAUCAAUGAAGCUCCUUUAUGUGACGCUAAUUUUGAAGCUGGAUCAGGACUGACUGCCACUAUUGCAGAAACAAGUGCUGUCGGUGCCUCAGUAUACAAAUUAACUGCCUCUGAUCCUGAUGGAGAUACUUUACACUAUUCCCUUCUACCGAGCUCCUCCACCAACACCACUGCACGAUUUCAUGUGGAUGAUCUGGGUCUCAUUUCUACAGCAACCACACUGAAUUUUGAAAAUGGUGACACGGUUUUCUAUGCUAAGGUAUCUAUUGAUGACAAUGCAACUACAAGCCUUAGUUGCACAGGCACAGUUACAAUCAUUGUUACUGAUGUAAAUGAUGAAGCUCCUACCAUCAGCUCCUGCCCAUCGAGCACUUUGAACCUGUAUGAAGAAACAACUACUGGAACCACUUUGAUCAGUUUAACUGCCUCCGAUGAUGAUACCAAUGACAACCUGACUUUUAGUUUUGAAGUAAAUGAACCUGAUUUUGAAAUCCACCAAGAUGGCAACACUGCAAAAAUCACCAAUGCAUUCAAAAUGAACUAUGAGAAUGCCUCUGCUAUCAAAUUCUAUACACUAAAUGUAGUUGUUACAGACGCGGGAGAUAAUAAAGCAAGGUGUAACCUUAAUGUGACACUGGUCAACAUCAAUGAAGCUCCUGUAUGUGAAGAUGCUCUUUUAGCAGGACCAUCAAUUACCAUUCCAGAGACCACAGCUAUUGGUGCCCCAGUUUAUAAAUUAAAUGUGGAGGAUCCUGAUGGAAAUUCUUUACAAUAUUCGUUGCUAGCAACCUCUUCCACUAAUACCACCGCUCGAUUCAGUGUGGAUAGUUUGGGUGAAAUUUCCACAGUCGCUGCUUUGAAUUAUGAAAACGGGGACAUGGUUUUCUAUGCUGUGGUAUCUAUUAGUGACAAUGUUACUGCCAGCCUUAGUUGCACAGGUACAGUGACCAUCACUGUUACUGAUGUAAAUGACGAAACUCCAACCAUCAGCUCUUGUCCGAUAAGCACUUUGAUCCUGAAUGAAGAAGUUGCCGCUGGAAAAACAUUGAUUACUUUAUCUGCCUCUGAUGAUGAUAACAAUGAUAACUUGACCUUCAGCUUUGGAAUAAAUGUGCCCGAGUUUGAAAUCCACCAAGUUUCCAAUACUGCAACAAUUACCAAUUCAUUGAAGCUAGACUAUGACAAUGCCUCAACUAUCAAAUUAUAUACAUUAAAUGUAGUGGUUACAGACAGUGGACUUAAUACAGCAACGUGUAAUCUGAACAUAUCAUUGGCUCCCAUCAAUGAAGCUCCUGUAUGUGAUGCUGAUCUUGUAGCAGGACCAACAGUUACUAUUCCAGAGACCACGGCUGUUGGCACUUUGGUGUACAAGUUAACUGCAUCUGAUCCUGACGGAAAUUCUUUACAAUAUUCCUUCCUGGCAAGCUCUUCAGACAACACUACUGCUCGAUUUAGUUUGGAUACUUUGGGCCAAAUUUCAACAGCAGCUGCUUUGAAUUUUGAAAAUGGUGACAUGGUUUUCUAUGCUGUGGUAUCUAUUAGUGACAAUGUUACUGCCAGCAUUAGUUGCACGGGUACAGUGACCAUCACUGUUACUGAUGUAAAUGAUGAAACUCCAACCAUCAGCUCCUGUCCAUUGAGCACUUUGAUCCUGAAUGAAGAAGUUGCUGCUGGAAAAACACUGAUCAGUUUGUUUGCUUCAGAUGGUGAUAACAAUGAUAAUCUGACUUUUAGCUUUGCAGUAGAUGAGCCCAACUUUGAAAUCCACCAAGUUUCUGACACUGCAAUAAUUACCAAUUCAUUGAAGCUAGACUAUGAGAAUACCUCAGCUAUCAGAUUCUAUACAUUAAGAACAGUUGUUACAGAUCAGAGCGGUAACAUAGCAAUGUGUAACUUGAAUGUAUCUCUGAAUCCCGUCAAUGAAGCUCCCAUUUGUGAUGCCAGUUUUGAAGCGGGAACAGGACCAUCAGUCACCAUUCCAGAGACCGCUGCUAUUGGGACCUCUGUUUAUAAAUUAACCGCAUCUGAUCCUGAUGGAAAUACUUUGCAGUAUUCCAUUCUGCCAAAUUCCACCCCCAACACUACUGCUCGAUUUAACGUGGAUAAUUUGGGACUAAUUUCUACAGCAUCUGCUUUGAAUUUUGAAAAUGGUGACAUGCUUUUCUAUGCUGUGGUAGCUAUCAAUGACAGUGCGACUACAAGCCUCGGGUGCACAGGCACAGUGACAAUCACAGUUAGUGAUGUAAAUGAUGAAAGUCCAAUAUUCAGCUCCUGUCCAAUGAGUACUUUAUUCCUGGAUGAAGAAGUUCCUGCUGGGACAGCAGUGAUCACUUUAUCUGCCUCGGAUGAUGAUAACAAUGAGAACCUGACCUUUAGCUUUGCAGUAAAUGAAUCUGUCUUUGAAAUCCACCAAGUUGCCAACACUGCAAUAAUUACCAAUGCACUUAAACUGGACUAUGACAAUGACUCUGUUGUCAAAUCCUACACACUGAACGUAGUCAUUACAGACCUUCAAGACAAUACAGCAAUGUGCAAUCUGGACAUAGCCUUGCUUUCCAUCAAUGAAGCUCCGAUAUGUGAGGCUGAUUUUGAAGCAGGGACAGGACCAGCUGUCACCAUUCCAGAGACGAGUCCUGCUGGUACCUCGGUCUAUAAGUUAACUGCAUCUGAUCCUGAUGGAGACAGUUUACAUUAUUCCAUCCUGCCGAGCUCUUCUACCAAUACCACUGCUCGAUUUAGCGUGGACAAUCUGGGUCAAAUUUCCACAGCAGCUGCUUUGAAUUUUGAAAAUGGUGACACGUUUUUCUAUGCUGUGGUAGCUAUUAAUGACAGUGCGACUACAAGCCUCGGGUGCACAGGCACAGUGACAAUCACAGUUACUGAUGUAAAUGAUGAAAGUCCAGCAUUCAGCUCCUGCCCAUCAAGCAACUUGAUCCUAAGUGAAGAAGUGGCCACUGGAACCAAAUUGACCAUUUUAUCUGCCUCAGACAAUGAUAACAAUGAUACUCUAACAUUUAGCUUCUCAGUAAAUGAGCCUGACUUUAAAAUACAGCAAGUUGAGAACACUGCAAUAAUUACCAAUGCGUUCAAGAUGGACUAUGACACUGCUUCUGCCAUCAGAUUCUAUACAUUAAAUAUAGUUGUUAAGGACCGGGCAGGAAAUACGGCAAUGUGCAAUGUGAAUAUAUCAUUGAUUCCUGUCAAUGAAGCUCCUAUAUGUGAUGCUGAUUUUGAAGCAGGGACAGCCUCUGUGGAUAUUAAUGAGACCCAUGAUGUCCUGACAACCAUUUACAAAGUUGUUGCAACAGACCCAGAUUUUGAGGACUCUUUGACAUAUGAGAUUGCAUCCCAGGUGUCUGGCCCUCUAACAGGAGGAAAUAUCUUCAGUAUUGAUUCAGCGACUGGAAUUAUCUACAGAAAUAUAUCAACAUCACUGGAUUAUGAUUCUGGCUAUCAUGUGUUCACAUUGGAUGUUACAGUGAAAGAUAAAGGAACCCCAUCUCCACAGAAGUCCUGCAAAGGAAUUCUUACCAUAAAUAUCAUUGAUCAGAAUGAUGAGGUCCCUAUUAUGAGUUUUAGCCCUGCAAAUCCAAUAAAUUUCACAGAAGACAGUCCUGCUGGAACUGUGGUAGUGCAACUGGAUUCCACUGAUAGGGAUGCUGGUGAUGUUGCAUCUUAUAGCCUUGCUGAAGCUUCCCAAGACUUUUCCAUUAAUCCAGUUACAGGGAUAAUGACUGCAAUAAAUGUGUUGGACUACGAUAACAGCACGACAAUAAAAUACCAUUCACUGCAAGUGUUUGUCACAGAUAAAGCGUUGAACACGGCCACAGUCAGCCUGACCAUUGUGCUUCAGCCUGUCAAUGAACCACCAGUGUGCACUUCACCGCAGCUGGCAGAAGGAAAUGCCACAAUGAACAUUGAUGAGAAUUACCCAAAUCUGAAAACAAUCUACCAGGUUACUGCUACAGACCCUGAUGAAGGGGAUUCACUGACAUUCAGCAUUGUGUCCCAGGAAUCUAGUCCAGUCAUGGGAGGUAAUCAGUUCAGCAUUGAUGCUGACACAGGAAUCGUGUAUAGAAACUCAACAACGAUUCUAGACUACGACCACACAUAUCAUUUUUUCACACUAAAGAUUGAGAUAAAUGACAAAGGAAACCCAGCUCCACAGCAUUCUUGCAAGGGAACUUUGACCAUCAUUGUAAAUGACUUAAAUGAUGAAGAACCUGUAUUUACACCUAUCCCCUUGCAUACAAUUCAAGCACAAGAGGAAGUACUUCUUGGAACUCUAAUUGGGAAGGUGGAAGCUUCUGACUUGGAUGAGAAUGAUAAUAUCUUGUUUGAGUUCAUUGAUAAUCAGCCUUUGUUCUCAUUGGACAAUGAUUCUGGCGAUAUUAUUCUACAGAGCCGGCUGGAUUAUGACAGCCCUGAUGUUGCACAAGUCCACUUUUUAUCCAUCAGAGCGUUCGACAAUAAUCGGACGCACUCAUCCACGUACACCCUGACAGUCUCUGUGGUUAAUAUUGAUGAAGCACCCAACUGUGACCCUGCAUUCACUGUUGGUGCAGGUGUUUCACUGAGUAUUCCUGAAAACUUUCCAACUUCUGGAUCAGUUUAUCAGAUCCUUGCUGCUGACCCAGAUGUCAACGAUUCUGUCACAUACUCUAUAACAAAAGAAACCCCAGGAACUACACAAUACUUCAUCCUCGAUUCCAGCACUGGACUCCUUUCAAGAACUUCCAUUUCACCUUUAGAUUAUGAAGCAGGCAUAAAGAGGUUUCAGAUGAAAAUAGUGGUGGCUGAAGCUGGAAAGAGCAGCCCCAAGUCCUGCACUGGCUCCAUUACUAUUAAUCUGGAAAACGUUAAUGAUGAAUCACCACAAUUCAUGCCGAUAUCACCAAACUCACUGACUAUUGAUGAGAAUCUGCCUUGGGGAACAUUCUUAAUUAAAGUUAAUGCCACUGAUGAGGAUGUUGAUGAUGUCAUUUAUUAUGAAUUUGUGAAGACUCACACUGGCUUCCUGAUUGAAGAAGAUACUGGUGAGAUCAAAAUAGCCUCCUUGUUGGAUUAUGAUGAUAUCAACACACUUACCACUUCAAUUCUGGAAAUAAGAGCUUAUGAUACAGACCAAGUGCAUUCCUCCACCUCAACGCUUACUAUCCAUAUUGCGGACAUAAAUGAUAACCCUCCCCAGUGCUCCCGGUACCUUUACAACAUGGAGCUUGCUGAGACUUCCCCACGGGGUACUCCAGUUGUGUCACUAAACUGCUGGGAUAAUGACAGAACAGCAGCAAAUAAUAUCUUGAAGUACAAUAUGGUUCUUGACUCAUAUUCGACAGGAAGAUUUAACAUCACUGGUAAUGAAAUAACAAUUGGGUCAUCGCUCUUGCAGUAUGAUGAUAUCUCAUUUGCUGCUGUUCAUUUUCAACACCUGAUCAUUGUUAAGAUAACAGAUAAUGGAAAGCCUCAAUUGACAAGUACCGCCACAGUUAUAGUGAAGGUUACACCAGUGAAUGAGUGGAAUCCUGUAUCAGGAUCACGAACGUUUAACGUCUUUGAAGACAGCCCAAUUGGGGCUCUCAUUGGAACAGCAAUAUUUACUGAUAAUGACCUCCCAUUUGACAACAUAAGAUAUUCUAUUGUAGGAGGCAACAGUGAAAUCCCACCUAUGUUUUACAUUGAAUCCAACUCAGGUCGAAUAAGACUUCUAAAUUCCUUGGACAGAGAAAAACAAGAGACUUAUAUCCUCACUGUCAAAGCAACAGAUAUGAAAAAUGAUCUUCAAAUCGACCCAUUUAAGCAAAGAAGCAGCUCAGCCAUAGUGACUGUGAAUGUCUUGAAUGUGAAUGAUGAGGCUCCAGUAUGUAACCCAGAGUAUUACGAGAGCACCAUCUACUCCACCAUCACCAUCCCCUUUGUCCAGUUGCAGUGCUCUGAUAGAGAUUCUCCUGAUAAUGAACUCAGCUAUUCAAUCGUAGGGGAAAACGCAGAAGACCUCUUCGAGCUUCAGAGACCAGACAACAAUCCUCCUCAGGUGGCCUCCACUCAGCGGUUUCAGUUUGAUUCAUUUCAAGGUAUUGAGCACUCCAAGGAGUACACCUUGCUGAUCCAGGUGACAGAUGAGCUUGGCAAGGACAAACACCAGCAGCUCACGUCCACGGCAACCGUGGUGAUACACGUGGUGCCAUGGACAACCACACAACCAACUACUACCACCACCACCACCACCACACAGUUUACCACUAGUGUGUUGUCAAUAACCUCCUCCUACUGGGCUCCUGAAAGUUGGUUUGUGGCAGUGAUGACUCUAGCUGCAGCCCUGACGGUGCUUGUCAUCUCUGGAAUAGCCUGGGCUUGUGCCACAAGGCCAGCAACACUGAUUGGAUAUAACAUUCCAGCUGAGGUCUAACCAGGAACCUGUGAAGUUGGACCAGUCACAUAAACAUUGUGGUUACAAGAACAGGUCAAAAUCUGGGUAACUCGCAGCAACUGCCUUACGUCCUGGCUUCUGAGCCCAUUCCAUCAUCUCUGAGGAAAAUUAGUGGUAUGCUGGAAUACGGACUUCUUGGCUGGAUGAGAGUGAUUUGAACAACUCUCAAGAAGUUCAACAAAGCAGCAGCACAGCAUUCAUUCUGUCUAAAAAAGGUGUGGCUGCAACUUGAGGCAACUACAAAAUAUACUGCAGUACUCACUCAGGCAACCAUAACAUUUCCAAAUCCCUCAACAUCUACCAAAAAUGGACAUGACCUGCAGGUGCA